AUGUUCUCUAAUUCUGACAUAUUCUCUCGCUCCUCUCCCCAAACCACCUAUUCUCCUCCCUCCCACCACUCCUACCAUUCUUCCUUUGACUCUCGCAAUUCUGAUGCCUCUUCAAUUCCUCGAGGCCCAUCAUUCCCCUGGCCUGAUGCUGGAUAUCCAUACCCUUCACAGUCUCCGCGAUCGCAUCCUGUCAAGGAUGAAGAAGAGGAGGAGAGCUUACCUGUAGCAAUGCAUUUUGAACAAGACUCAGCCGAGUCCUACCACUCAUUUGAUCAGCUGCUGGAGGAAGACUCCGACCUCGUGCUCAAGGCAGCCCAGGCCAAACGUAAAGUGUGUCAAGCCCAAAAACACUUGGCCGACUGUGUUUUGGAACACGACCAAAUACUUACCUGUAUCUCCCGCCGCCGGGCAGAAGCUGCAAACAUGCGUCUAUUGCUGGCUGACCUCAAUGUUGGACGCGUGCACUCAGAGCGCCGGAGGAAAAACGGUAUCACAAUGUUGACUACUAUACAAACAUGA